AUGAGUUUUUGUGUGGUGCUAAGAACGGCGAGACUCACUGACGAUGCCGACUACGAUGCUGGCGAAACGUCUCGGAGUGUCCACGGUCCGACUUUGGAAAUGAUCAUGCAUACAAUGGACUCUGGACUAGGACUACAGUCUCGACAUAACCAGGUGUCACUAGCAUUAACAGCGGAACUCGCACUUUGGAUAUUCAGAUCAGCACUUUACCCCUUGGGCUUCUUGAACAGCAAAUAUGAUGUGGAUUCCGAACGUGAAGCCAUUAAUUGGGUGAGCCAAGUUACUGGCACACAAAUUCCCUUAGGCCGAGAGAAUGUGCAUCGAGCCUUGAAGAACGGACAAAUUCUCGUCAAGCUAAUUGAUAUUAUCUACGAGAGAACUCCAACCCUGCCGCCACGAGCACUGUCAAGCAAACGACUUAUCCGACCCAACACAAUGACUGCUCCAUUCAAACAAGUAAGCUCGUCUUUUAUCCAGUUCGGCAUGCACUUGAUCAUCACGCACUGCUUGCUCUUGAUUCUCUAA